CAACCCUGUCCGAAAAAAAUCUCUUUUAUUUUAAGUUUUAGUUGCAUACACUGGCACUCAAAUCGUCACAACGACAGUCAAAAGGGGAAAUAAACGGCCAAUCAAAAAAAAACAAUCUGAAAAAAAAAAUCAGAAAUCCAUAAGAUUUGAUCUCCGGUGACCCGACGUUCGGUGUUCCGAUCACCGUUGAAAAAUGGAUUCUCGAGUUUCUCUGUUCUGAGUAAACUCACACGGAGAAGAAGAAAGCUUAAAAUGGAUUCGGAAGAUACGAAGAAGAAGCAAAAGAGGGUUUUCUCUUUGUUAGCUUUACGAUUCUGUACAGUGAUAGGAUUCUGGAUCAUCGUCUUCUUCGUCUUGUCGUUUCUGUUAGGAGUGUUAGUGAUUAUACUCGGUGAAUUGUGGGUUUCUUCUUCUUCUUCUUCCACCGCCUCUCUUGCUUCCCGCUGCAAGAUUCUUUCCAGCUCUGUUGAUCUUAGGUCUUCCAAAGUGUGCGGCAUUGGACUUUUGAACAGCAAAGCACAACAUGUGUUUCACCCUUUUGAGAGAGAUAAAUUCAGAUGUCGCUAUGAUUACUAUUGGGCUUCUGUCUUCAAAGUAGAAUAUAAAGAUCACUUAAUGGGUCAAACGAGGCUAGCCUUCUCAGAAGCACCAAAUGAAGCCCUUCCUCCUGAGUGCAGACCUAACUUUGGUGCUGCUUUGCUUACCAAAGAUAACUUCAAGGUGAAUGAGACUUACGAUUGCUGGUACACAUUAGGGAUUCCAAAAAUCAAGCUUUAUCAGGACGGCUUUUUCGGCUGCCAACCAAAUGAUCUUUCUUUCACCGACAUUUUUAAACAAUACGCUGUCUUAGUCUCCAAGUUAAUACAGUCCUGGUUCAAUGGAAAAGGAAGACCAAAGUUCUGGAGAUAUGAUGUGAUCGCUGGCGUUGUAUCUGGCUUCUCAACUUCCAUCAUCGCAGUCUUCAUCGUCCGGAUCUUAAGUGAUGCAAAAUCUUGGUUCCCUCGAGCUUGUUGUUCGGUUAAGAGCCAGCUGUCUAAAGUGAAUCUCUUGGUACAAGUGAAGCGUGCGUGUUUGGUCAUUGUUUACUUCUACAUUCUCGGAUGGAUGGCUACACAGUACUUGAAAAUUCUGUUUCCACAGGCUUAGAAGAAACACAUGUAUAAAGAGUUGUGUGAUGUAAUCUUUAAACCAUUUACAGCAAAAGUAAGCAAUGCAGAGGAACAGUUUUAGAAUCUGAUGAACGUUUUGAUUAAA